UACUCGAGAUCGAGAGGACGUGCAAGCAAUUUUUAAGUUUUAUUUAUCAAGAUGCCAAGUUGAAAUUAAGCCACCCCUGUUACGUUAGUGUCAGCAGAAACGUUGUGAUAUGGGUACGGGUGCAGGCAAGAACCCAAUGGUGGGUAUGCCGAUGAGCCCAAGGGUAGAAUACGCCGAGAAACGGAGUAAAAAGGAGGGCGAGCCUGUGGUUAUAGAUGCGCCAGCCUUGGUAGAUCUCUCUCAUGGCACUGUGAGGUAUCGGAACGAUGGAGAUCAUAUCGUCAAAGCAGGGAAGGAGUUAAAGACGGGUUACUUCUAUCAUGCAAGGCUGGAUGACUAUAGUGAAGCCGCUACACUUCAACCUGCGGACCAGCACAAAUUCAAGUACGUCUACAAGGGCAGUGAAAGGUCCAGACAGAAACAACUCUUCUACGUCUACGGGAUUGGAUUCAAGAGUAAAGAUGACAGGUUCAGAGUCCGCAAACAGUACAAGCCAAAAGGGAGAGGUUACGUCUGGCCAAGCUCCUUCAGGAAAGGAAACCAUUUCUACUACGAUCUUUCCUUCAUCACAAAAGAGGCAGAUUUCUAUGAUUCUGAUGAGGAGGAUGAAGAUAUGAAAACCAACAUUAAUCCCGACAAAAUGAGAUUUCAUCUAAAGGAUUCAGACUCCGUUGAGGUUCUUAAGAAGAGAGCAGCUGUUAGACUUCUUACCCCGUCUUCCAACAUUCAUGUCAGCUAUGGGGACGUCGAACUUGGAGAUGCAGACAUUGUCGGCAAACUCCGAUCGGAAGAAGACGGAGAAUUCACAAGAUUCGUCAUCGAUCUUCAAUCAGUCUGAUCGGAUGGAUUUCAACAUCUCAGCGGUGCAAGUAUAACAUAUCAACCAGAGCCUUAGGACCAACAAUCCAACCCAGCUAUAAUGUUUUAGUUGUAAGAUAGUACAGAGUAUUUUAUUCCGUCCAUCUAAUAGAAAUACAAAUGCUGUGUGUGUAGUUAUCUGUGCGUAUCAGGGCCCAUGUGAAAUGAUGGGAGGUCAAAGGUGAUUAUGUUUGUGGGCUUAACAGCAGAACUCUGGCGUUAUUCACUAGCCUCGAAGAGUGACAUCAGAUGUUCAGGUUCGGCAAAUAUGAAGCUUUUCCAUUCGCUGCCUUAUAAGGGAAUGCUCUGCGCGUCACACGUAUCGCGUGAUGUGGCACAACUCGGCCGUUGCUCUCG